CGGCCUCGAGCAUGAAGUGCAAGCCGAACCAGACGCGGACCUACGACCCGGAGGGCUUCAAGAAGCGGGCGGCGUGCCUGUGCUUCCGGAGCGAGCGCGAGGACGAGGUGCUGUUAGUGAGUAGCAGUCGGUACCCGGACCGCUGGAUCGUGCCGGGCGGGGGCAUGGAGCCCGAGGAGGAGCCGGGCGGUGCGGCGGUCCGAGAGGUGUACGAAGAGGCGGGAGUCAAGGGGAAGUUAGGCCGGCUCCUGGGCGUGUUCGAGCAGAACCAAGAUCGCAAGCACCGAACGUACGUGUAUGUCCUGACUGUCACUGAGCUGCUGGAGGACUGGGAAGACGCGGUUAGCAUUGGGAGGAAGCGAGAGUGGUUCAAAGUCGAAGAUGCCAUCAAGGUUCUCCAGUGCCACAAGCCCGUGCAUGCCGAGUACCUGGAAAAACUAAAGCUGGGCGGUUCCCCAACCAAUGGAAACUCCAUGGCCCCGUCCCUGCCAGAUAGCGAUCCCUAGUGAAUGGCAUAGAUGUUGAGAUUUGCUUUGGAAGAAUCAAGUGUGUGAACCCAAUGAUGAAUCGAAUUGUGAAGCACAGGUGAGCUUGUUCACACUCCAAGGAUAUAGCUCAUCCUAUGCUUUUGGACACUUCUUCCCUGUUUAUUACAAUGACUAUUUUCUAGGUUGUUGCACUGCCACUGUAUCUGUACCGAAUUCCAAUUUGGCACCUUUGGCUUUUCUUGUACUUUUUAUGGUUAUGUGUCUGUAUUUCCCACCAGAUUAUAUGCCCUCAAAUGCAAGGAACUUCUUUCCCUUGUCUGUUUACAUAUCUUGCAUAUAAGACAUUGCUUAUAAUAUGGUAGGCAUCACUGAAGUUUUGUUUAAAUAUUUUGUAAUGGUACUGAAUGGUAAGCAUUCUCCUUCUAAUCUGUCUAGUGUAUAUGUGGUUUUUGUAUAUCAGGUGUCAUAUAAUUGUUUCAAGGCAGCCGUGAGAUAUUAGGAAGCAAAAAUUCUUACUCAUAUGUCUGUGUCAUCCCAGACAUAUGCCUCCAGAUGGCAGUAUACUACACCACCUAUAAAAUAUGUUUGCAAAACUGGGCACAGUGGGGUGUGCCUGUAUCCCAACUACACAGGAGGCUGAGACAGGAGGAUUGCUUGAACCCAGAAGUUUGAGUCCAGCCUGGGCAACAUAGCAAGAUCCAUCUCUUAAAAAAAUUAUAUAUAUUUGCCAAAAUUUUGAACCUAAAUUUGGUCAUGUCUCUAGAAAUAAUUUCUAAACUAUAGGAAAUACAGGGGACAGAGAAACAUUAUUUUGUACCACAAAGAAAUCAGAAUCCAGACUGCAGGAAAUUCUACAGGACAAAUGACCCAGUUUCUUCAGUAAAUAAAUUGCAAAGAUGAAAUAAAAAGAUGGAGGUUGAACCUGUAGAUUAAACGAGACUUAAGAGACAUAUUAACCAAUUGUAUGAACUUUAUUUGAAUCCUGAUUUGGCCAAAUUGUAAAAUGAAUACAUUUAUGAGACUAUUGGGAUAAUUUGAACAUUGACUGGAUAUUUGAUGUUAGUUGAGAUAAUGGUUUUGUGAUUAUAUUGGAAACAAGAGCCCUCAUCUACAUUCUCAAGUAUUUAUGGUUGAAAUGAUUUUGAUGUCUGGAAUUUGCCUCAGAGUAAUAAAGCUUGAUGUUAAGUGCAUUUUUAAAGUAAGAUUGGCCUUGAUAAUUGUUGAGGUUUUGUGAUGGUUAAAAUGAUGGUUCAUUAUAUAUGAUCAUUUCUACUUUUGUAUGUUUGACAUUUUUCAUAAUAAAAAG